UGCUGGUGCGCGUACACGGAGCUGUGCGCGUCCUCGACUUUUGCGCACCUGAAGCAGCUCGCUGCAGGUUCACUGAGCCGGAAGAACGAGCACGCCUCCAGGUGUGUGUACGUCAGGUUACCGCCCGCUAACACGCACACACACACAGAAAAAAAACAAAAAAAAAAACCCGACAGUUAACCGGACAAAGUGGCGCCGCGCUGAGGAAACAUGACAGAGCAAAGAAAGAAGAUGAUCCUAGUGCUGGUGGAUAUUCUGUGCGUGUUUGUCGCGGGUCUACCCUCAUUCAUCCUCACGAUGUUGGCCAGACCGUACCAAAGAGGAAUCUACUGCAAUGACCAGACCAUCAACUACCCAUACAGGAGAGACACCAUCUCCCACGCCGGAAUGGCUGCCGUCACCAUCACCUGCUCUGUUGUCAUUAUCACUUCUGGAGAGGCGUACUUGGUCCGCACCAACCGCCUUCACUCCAACUCUCAGUUCAACCAGUACCUGUCCGCUCUGUACAAGGUGGUUGGAACCUUCCUGUUUGGAGGUGCUGUCAGCCAGUCAAUGACCGACCUAGCCAAGUACACCAUAGGUCGUCCACGUCCAAACUUCUUUGCUUUAUGUGCCCCGUCCGCCUGUGAAGGAUUCAUGCUGCAGCUGAACUGUACCGGAAGCCCUCACAAUGUGACGGAAUCCAGGUUGUCCUUCUACUCUGGACACUCGUCCUUUGGGAUGUACAGCAUGCUCUUUCUGUCGCUCUAUGUACAAGCCCGGAUGCAGGGGAAGUGGACGCGACUGGUCCGACCCACCAUCCAGUUCUUCUUGGUGCUGUUUGCCCUGUACGUGGGGUACACACGGGUUUCUGACUACAAACACCACUUCACUGACGUUCUGGUGGGAUUUCUACAGGGAGCGCUCAUCGCUGUGCUCACUGUCCGAUACGUGUCAGACUUUUUCAAGAAUCGACCUCCUCUGAGCACAAGACCAGACAAGGCAGACUGCGAACAAAUGGAAUGCAAACCGAACCCUCAACCUUCAGUCUCACAGCACGGAAAUCAUUAUAACUACACUGCGCCCGUAUGAAAAGCACCCGUGACGUGCAGCACCCGUGACCUGCACCACCGCUUCGACACUUCACCACAACUAUGACUUAGGAAUGAAAAACACAGUCACCGCUACUGUGAAAUCCAGAUCCAGGAUUGACAUGUCAACUGAGGAAACCAGACAUUCCCAACCUGAGUGUGUGUAUAUGUGUGUGUGUGUGUGUGUGUGUUGUGCAAUGAUAUUUUUUAACAGUUCUGUUUGAGUUUUAUUCAGUUGUUGUGGGGAGAUGUUUAUGCUGUGAGUAAAGACUGCAAGUGUGCAUUUUUAAAAAUGACUCACCAAAUCUUGAAAGGGGAACAUUUUUUCCACUUUUCUGCAGAUGUUUUUAAUAAACAGGUCAGGCUGAUAAAUAUUAGAACAUUGACAGUUUCCUUUAUUGAGAGAUUCAAGCUUUCUAGGAAUUACCAGAUUUCUGAAUGUAUAGUGUAUUAAAGAAACCAGUUGCCACAGUGUUUCUCCUAUACCAAUGUGUUAUUGCAAAUCAUAUACCGUGGUGGGUUUUGAGUAGUGCUGUGGAAAUCGGUGGCUUAAGUGCUUUUUUUGGUGAGGAUAGUUUCACUGACCUGUAGUAGAUAAAGCAGUGAUCUCACUUGAGAAGCUGAGUCGGUAGUUAUAUGGCGACCCACUUCUCCUAGUAGUUGAAUUGUGUUGAACUGUAAAUUAGGAUGGGUUAAAUGCAGAGGACAAAUUUUGUUGUAUGUAUAUAUGUACAAUGACAAUAUAAAGGCUGUAUUAUUAUGGUG